CAGUGGCCCCUUUUCACUGCCGUCAGCACCGCCAUCGUUUGCAUCGACGAAACCUCGCGAUUCAGAGCCGAAUUAGGGCUCCGGAUCACGGAAUUCACAGAGAUCGUUGCCGGAUUCAGGUGCGUUUUGCUACAAUUGAGGAUCGCAUGGAGCCGGCACGGAGUACCGGCGCCGGAUCGGGGAACUCCGGCAACUACACGCCGGAGAUCGCCGAGACGCUCCGGUUCGAGUUGGAGAUCCAGAGUUUGAUGCGAGAUGGGUCAUCCCCGGCUAACGGAAGCUCAUUCACGGCCCUUCUCGGCCUACCACCGAACCAGGCCGUCGAGCUCCUCCACGAACCCGGUGAGAUCUACCGGCGCUCAACUGCUGUGCUGCCUCUCGGUUGCUCGCCGACGUUCCCAUCUAACACCGCGCUGGUCGAGCGCGCCGCCAAGUUCUCCGUCUUCGCCGCCGCUGGGGGAGUCUCCACAGGCGUCAAACUCCGGCAGCCACGCACCACGCCCGAAGCUGGAGCCUGUGGACUCCGACUCCGGUGACCGGCCUCAGCGGCCGGUGAAACGGAAGGACGGUGACCGGAACAAGGCUAAGCCACCGGCGAAGAAGAGCCGGAGUGGAGAAGAGGGAGCCGGAAAACCAUCGGAGGAGAACGAGAAGCUCCCUUACGUCCACGUCCGAGCUCGGCGUGGCCAGGCCACUGAUAGCCAUAGUUUGGCAGAAAGAGCAAGGAGGGAGAAAAUAAAUGCUAGGAUGAAGCUGCUGCAGGAAUUGGUCCCCGGUUGCAGCAAGAUAUCAGGCACGGCGCUGGUGCUGGACGAAAUCAUCAACCACGUCCAGUCAUUGCAGCGGCUAGUUGAGUUCCUGUCGAUGAGGCUGGCAGCGGUGACCCCCCGGAUAGACUUCAGCGGCCUCGACAGCUUUUUAUCGGCAGAGUGUGGAAGGGUAUUAACAGUUGGGAGUGAGAUGGGAAUGUGGACGGAAGAGGGUAUGGGAAAUGUUGGUAGAAGGCAGCAGGAGCAGAACAUGUGUGACAUUGAUGUAGUACAGACAGAGACAGAGGAGGAGCGGCAGCAAUGGGAUAGGGACGAGACUCAGGACCAGCAUCAGCACCAGCAGCAGCCGCGCGUCUUUAUCGGCAACCCCGCUACCGCCCUUUUCGCCUAUGACCCCGUCACUUCUGUGCCCAUGCAUGCUAACCAGUUGAAGACAGAACUAUGAGAAAGCCAGAAGGGAGUAGUGUUUUCUUGUUAAAUCCUCAUUGUACAUAACUGAUAAGUGCUUGUUAGGAGGCAGAGUAGGGUGGGAGAAGAGACCUAACCUCUCUCUAUGCAUUCUUUAGGAUUGUCAAUUUCUCUGCUAUUUGCUUGGAGGAAAUGAUGAAACCCUAACUUCUCUCGCCAUAUAUAUUAUAUAUAAUGUCUACAUUGUCUAGUAUUUGGUAAUUCUGUUCUUCAGAUCCUAUUAUUGA